AAUUUUAUUAAUAUCAUGCAGCCACUUAUGACCUGUCAAAAUGUCAAAACAUAUGUCAUGAAAAGAAAUUCAUGUGUCAUUUUAAAUUUUUACAAGAGAAAUUAAGAUCAUUAGGCAAUGAUUUUUCAAAUAAAUUAGUAUCUCAAAGAAUUAAUUCCUGACAGGACUUUCUUAUAGAUGCUAUUGUCCUAAUAGGGUUCAAUUGUUUCAACUCAACAAGAUUACCAAAGACAAAGACAAGUCCUCUUUUAGAUUUGGUGAGCUUUGGACUUGGGGAGCCAAUAGGUAAUAGUUGGUGUACAACUUGGUGAGGUGUUAGAAGUUUUUCCUCUACAAUGGAGCGUGAAUUUAACCCCAUGCAAGCUUUGUGUGGUUCUGGUUGUGGAUUUUAUGGCAACCCUGCCACUGAAGGACUAUGUUCACUAUGUUUCAAGGAAAAUUUGAAAAAGAAACAACAGUUACCCAACACCCCCACAAGUCUGAGUGCUCUAAAAGAUACAACAACAGCACAGCCUACCAUUAGUCAUAUUUCAUCACCAGUAGUCACAGAUCUUCCCACAGAUGCUUCUGAAGAAUGUUCAAAUACAGCCUCAGCUGCCGCAAGCAACUCUACUACCGCUGAACCGGAGGCUGUGGCAACCGUCUCCACGUCCUCUGGCGAAAUGAACGCCGGCACCAGUAGCGAAGACAAGGACGGCGAUAAAGAUGUAAAGAAAAAGAAGAAUCGAUGCGCCACUUGUCGCAAGAAGGUUGGCCUAACAGGUUUUGAAUGCCGCUGCGGAGAACUAUUUUGUGCCACACAUCGAUACAGUGACAAACAUGAUUGUAGUUUCAACUACAGAGAAAUGGGUGCCCAAGAAAUUAAACGCAACAAUCCUGUCGUCUUAAGUGAAAAGAUCCAGAAGAUCUGAACCUCACCACAAAGUUUCCUAGAAAAAAUUUGCGUGAUGAGUGAUCAAAUGAGAUACGGACAUUUUUUUCUGAAAAAUCAUUAGUCAGAACUGGUCGGGGUGUGAUUAGUGCAAACACACAAACGUUCAAAAAGACUUCAAUGGUUUAUUAUUAUAUGGUACUUUGAUUUACAAUUUUGCCACUCAAUUUCGUCUUUAGUUUUAUUUCCAUUAAUAAAUUUAGAUAUACAAAUAUAUAUGUCAUUUUAGCUUCUUUUUGAUUAUAUACACAUUACUGAGGAGGGCUGCAUUGACUGUGAACUAUAUAAGGAGUCAAUUUUACUUGGUCAUAAAAUCUGUCCAUCUGUAAAAACCAAACAUAUGCAUCAUUUACAAAAAAAAAACAGAGAAAACAUUACAAAUGCCUCUUUGCGAUUUUAUAAAAUAUUGUGUACCUUCAAAAUUUAAAAAUUUGUAUUUUUUGGUUUUUAAUAUAUUGUAUUUGGGUAUAUUUUACAAAUAUAUAUAAUUGUAAUUA